AUGGCCGGAUCAAAGAUAUUCGAGCAGUCGCCGCCUCUCACGACCAGCGACUCAGCCGAUCACACGAAACGGUCCAACACACCGGCGCUCCUUGUCCGGAGAUCAUCUCUGAUGAGCAAGUUCCCCGAGUCGAGCUCGUCCGCCUACGUCCUCGACUGGGAGAGCGACAAGUGCAAGCAGCGACUCCUCAACCACGCCGAAGACCUCCUGAGGGAAGCCGUGGGCCGGAGGCGGCUCACCAUCAUCCAGGGCCUGCCGCUGGAUCUGGUCCAGGUGUUGAGAGAUUCUCUGGGCGUGAAUCCCGGGUUUCUCGAAGCGCACGCGGGGAGGCGGCGACACCGACCGUCUAGGGGCGAUGAGGGCUCGAGCUUUAUCUCGUUUGCGUAUCCAGAACUCGUCAAGACUACUAGGGGGAACUACGGGCCGGAUCCUGGGUAUAAGCCGUCCGCGAGGCAAUCUGACCUGGUGGACGUGAUGGACGAGGCGCCCUUCCACAUGAUGUCCAGGGAUGGGCAGGCAGUCAUGUUCUGUCAUGCGUCCUUGUGGAUGAGUAGUAAAGCUGAUGUCCUAUUUCUGGACCGUCCCAUAUGGAACGAUCCAUCAUCACAGGUUCAAAAGGCUCGGAGACCACUCUCCGUCACCCGCUCAUGGCAAAGCAAAAUCGACGAAUCGCAGAUGGACGGCACGUCGAUCUGGAACGUCCUCAUCGCCGAGGGCGACGAACUCCCAGGCCUCGAAGACAGUCUCCUGAGGACGUUCAGGCAGUCCAACGUCACCAGGCAAACCCUCCCCGACAUCCUCUGCGAGGCGGUCCACGACAAGUGGCUCGACUUCUUCGAGACCCUCCCGUCAUGCUCCGAUCCGGGGUCCUUGCAGGACGGGGGCCUCUACUGGCAGGCUACGGAGUCCCUCGAGCAGAACCUGGACCUCGCUAACGACCAAGCGCGACAGCCGCUCCUGGGCGGCAUGCGGUACCCAGACUGGCGGGCCCUCCUCGAGCGUCUCCAGCGCCGCGUCACCAUGUCAAGGCUCGGCUCGACACCGCGGCCGCAGACCUCCUGGCCCCAGACGCAACCGACAACGGCGGCGCUGCAGACGCGAGACGUGCACAUCCCUGAGCAGAGCUCCAGCCAGCCGUAUCCGAACGCCAUGGCCGGGGACGCCGGCAAGGAGGCGAACCAGCGCGCUCUCGACCGCGUCACGUAUCUCGGAGGCAUCCUCCUCCCGUUCACAGUGGUGUCCGCCAUCCUCUCCAUGAACGAGGAGUACUCUCCCAACGCGCCGCGAUUCUGGGUAUUCUGGGUAUCCUCCAUCGGCGCCGCCAUCCUGUGUCUCCUCAUCAUCUACCUAGAUCAGCUGCGCUGCCUAGAGGUGUACUUUGAAGUAGCGGCCGCGGGAACGGUCGAAUCGAUAUUCCCAUCCACCAAGACGCACUCCCUCGCCGCCGCCAACACCCACAACGGCAUUUCCCCCGUUUCGAUGCCUCCUCCUCUGGGGUCGAGAUGGCGGCGGCCGUCGCAGUUCGCGACGGAGAUGUACAUGGACAUGGCGGAGCCCGGCGGCGGGGACGUCGAGGUCAUGGCCGACUCGGCGGUGAACCCCACCAUGGUCGUGCAGCAGGGCAGGGACGGGUCGAACCCGAAGGCGUGGCGGAGGAGGCAGCUCGGCUGGGGCGGCGCGUUGAAGAAGGUCGUUGGGUACUACCGGUGGACGGGCGGCAAGCCGGUCCAGAUUAGUCCGUACGGGUCGGAGAGGCUUCAGAUGAAGACGAUUUGA